GGAACGAACGAUACAACCGUCAAAAAAGCGGAAACAGAAACAGCCCUAGAUGACGUGGCUAACUCUUACUUUGUGUGCUUCAUAGGGUGGAAUAUUGUUGGUAGUCCACGUUUCUACUCUUUUCGUCGGAACGACGCUCGACGAAGCUGAAUUGCAGCACCAUUCAUUUGACCGUGCCUUAGGACAUAGCAACAACUGCAUAGUGCAGCACCAGUGCGCCGCAGUUAGCGGCGCUUGCCGCUGCGGCGGAUCGAGCUAGUUCUUUGCCCAUUUACCAGCGGUCUCAAAGGAGCUAGCAAAGAUGUCUAACAAGGAGAAGGGAGGUGCUGAGGCGUAUGCUCGCUUCAAGCAGUUUGAUUACAAAGCGAACUCCUCGCUGGUGCUUACCUCCGACACCCGCACCCGCGAGUAUGCCACGGAGCCCAGCGGUGAGCCGGAGACGCUAUGGGGCCGCAUGAAGGGCAAGAUGGGCGACCGCGCGCAAACAACAAAACCCGAUGCCGAGCGCAAGGAGAAGGCGGCUAAGAAGAAGCGCGACGCCGCCGCUGCUGAGCUGGAGCUGGCUGUGCCCACUUCCAAGGGGGGCGGCAGGGGGGCCAGGAGGGGCGGAGGAGGUGGUGCAGGAGGGAUGAGCGUGCUGGAUUUGGAGCAGGGCGGCCUGUACCGUCCCCGCACCAAGGAGACGCGGGAGGCCUACGAGGCGCUGCUGGCCGUGAUCCACUCGCUGUUCGGGGAGCAGCCGCAGGACGUGCUCCGCGGCGCCGCUGACGAGGUGCUGGCGGUGCUGAAGCGCGCCGACCUGCGCGACCCGGAGCGGCAGCGCGAGUGCGGGCAGCUGCUGGGCGGGUGCGAGGACGACAUGUUCGCGCGGCUGGUGGCGCUGGGGAAGCGGAUCACGGACUAUGUGACGGAGGCGGAGGCUGCCCCCGGUGACACGAUGGAUGAGGAGCUGGGUGUGGCGGUGGAGUUCGAGGAGGAGGAGGACGAGGAGGAGGAGGAGGCGGACGAGGUGUUGGAUGUGGACGAGGACGAUGAGGGUGACGAGCAGCAGCGGCAGGAGGCGGACCUGCGCACCACCACCAUGGACGAUGUUGACGCGGGCGAGGAGGCUCGUGACGAGGGUCUCAAGGUGCAGGAGGUGGACGCGUACUGGCUGCAGCGCCGCAUUGCCCGCGCGCUGGGGCCGAGCGUGGAGGCCACGCGGGCGCAGGCGCUGGCGGAGCAGGUGCUCUCCGUGCUGGGCGGCCCCGACGACCAGCGCGCCGUGGAGAACGAGCUGGUGCUAAGCCUGGGCUUCGAGCACUUUGAGCUGAUCAAGGAGCUCAUCCGGAACAGGCUCAAGAUCGUGUGGUGCACGCGCCUCUCCCGCGCCGAGACCGACGAGGAGCGCGGCCGCAUCGAGGCGGAGAUGGGCGGCUCCCCCGACACGGGAGCCAUCCUGGCGGCGCUGCGGGCCACCCGCACCUCGGCGCGCGACCGGCAGAGCGCCAUGGAGCGCAGCAUCAGGGAGGAGGCGCGGAAGCUGAGGCAGGGGGAGGCGGGUGUCCGCGGCGAGGGCGGUGCGGGCGGUGUGUCCGCGGGCCGCCACCAGGUGGCCCUGGACUCGCUGGCGUUCCGGCAGGGGGCGCACCUCAUGAGCAACAAGAGCGUGGCGCUGCCGCAGGGCUCCCAGCGUCGCGCCUACAAGGGGUACGAGGAGGUGGAGGUGCCGGCGCUGAAGCCCAAGCCCUUCGGCGAGGGCGAGAAGCUGAAGAAGAUCUCGGAGCUGCCCGAGUGGUCUCGGGGCGCGUUUGCGGGCAUGGAGCAGCUGAACCGCAUCCAGAGCCGCGUGGCGGACUGCGCGCUGUUCAGCGGGGAGAACAUGCUGGUGUGCGCACCCACGGGUGCUGGUAAGACCAACGUCGCCAUGCUGUGUGUCAUGCACGAGCUGGGGCUGCACCUGCGGCCGGACGGCACCAUUGACACCUCCGCAUUCAAGAUUGUGUAUGUGGCGCCCAUGAAGGCCCUGGUGGCUGAGAUGGUGGGUAACUUCAGCAAGCGGCUGACCGAGGCCUACGGCAUCAAGGUGCGCGAGCUGACGGGCGACAUCAACCUGAGCAAGGCGGAGAUCGAGGAGACGCAGAUCAUCGUGACCACCCCCGAGAAGUGGGACAUCAUCACGCGCAAGUCGGAUGACAGGACGUACGCCAACCUGGUCCGGCUGCUUAUCAUCGAUGAGAUCCACCUGCUGCACGACGACCGCGGACCCGUGCUGGAGUCCAUCAUUGCGAGGACCAUUCGACAGGUUGAGUCGACCCAGGAGAUGACCCGCAUCGUGGGGCUGUCCGCCACCCUGCCCAACUACGAGGACGUGGCGGUGUUCCUGCGCGUGAAGCCCGACAAGGGCCUCUUCUACUUUGACAACUCCUACCGCCCCUGCCCGCUGGCGCAGCAGUACAUCGGCGUGAGCGUGAAGAAGCCGCUGCAGCGCUUCCAGCUCAUGAACGAGAUCUGCUACAACAAGGUGCUGGAGUGCGCCGGGCGGCACCAGGUGCUUGUGUUCGUGCACAGCCGCAAGGAGACCGCCAAGACGGCGCGCUACGUGAAGGAGACGGCGCUAGCGGCGGACGUGCUGACCAGGUUCAUGCGCAGCGACAGCGCAAGCAGGGAGAUCCUGCAGACGGAGGCUGAGAACUGCAAGGACAGCGACCUGCGCGACCUGCUGCCCUUUGGGUUCGCCAUCCACCACGCCGGCAUGAGCCGCGCCGACCGCACCCUGGUGGAGGACCUGUUCGCGGAUGGACACGUGCAGGUGCUUGUCAGCACCGCCACCCUGGCCUGGGGUGUGAACCUGCCGGCCCACACGGUGGUGAUCAAGGGCACGCAGAUCUACAACCCGGUCAAGGGCGCGUGGGACGAGCUGAGCCCGCAGGACGUGAUGCAGAUGAUGGGGCGAGCGGGCAGGCCGCAGUUCGACUCGUUCGGCGAGGGCAUCAUUAUCACGGGCCACUCCGAGCUGCAGUUCUACCUCUCCCUCUUCAACCAGCAGCUGCCCAUUGAGAGCCAGUUCGUGAAGGCGCUGGCGGACAACAUGAACGCGGAGGUGGUGCUGGGGACGGUGUCGAACCUGAAGGACGCCGCCCACUGGCUGGGCUACACCUACCUCUAUGUGCGCAUGCUGCGCUCCCCCGCACUCUACGGAGUGCCCCCCGCGGACCUGGACACCGACCCGCUGCUGCAGGACCGGCGUCUGGACCUGGCCCACAGCGCCGCGCUGCUGCUGGACAAGCACGGACUGGUCCGCUACGACCGCAAGACGGGCAACUUCCAGACUACCGACCUGGGCCGCAUCGCCUCCCACUACUACGUCUCCUACACCACCAUCGCGCACUUCAACGAGCACCUCAAGCCCACCAUGACCGACAUUGAGCUCAUGCGACUGUUCAGCCUGGCGGAGGAGUUCAGGUACAUGGUUGUCCGCGAGGAGGAGAAGCUGGAGCUGGCCAAGCUGGUGGAGCGGGUGCCCAUCCCCGUCAAGGAGAGCCUGGACGAGCCGACGGCCAAGGUCAAUGUGCUGCUGCAGGCGUACAUCUCCAACCUCAAGCUGGAGGGCCUGGCGCUCUCCUCCGACAUGGUCUACGUCACGCAGUCCGCCGGCCGCCUGAUGCGCUGCCUGUUCGAGAUCUGCCUGCGCCGCGGCUGGGCGGGGCUGACGGACCGCGCGCUGGCGCUGAGCAAGAUGGUGACGUACCGCAUGUGGGGCAGCCAGAGCCCGCUGAGGCAGUUCAAGGGGGUGCCCAAUGACGUGUUGGUGAAGCUGGAGAAGCGCGACCUGCCCUGGGAGCGCUUCUACGACCUGACCAGCCAGGAGCUGGGGGAGCUGAUCCGGGCACCCAAGAUGGGCAAGAGCCUGCACAAGCUCAUACACCAGUUCCCCAGGCUGGAGCUGUCGGCGCACGUGCAGCCCAUCACGCGCACCUGCCUCAAGGUGGACCUCACCAUCACCCCCGACUUCGCGUGGGAGGACAAGGUGCACGGAUGGGUGGAGCCCUUCUGGAUAUUCGUGGAGGACCAGGACUCCGAGCAGCUGCUUCACACGCAGUACUGGCUGCUGAAGCGCAGCAACGCGGGCGAGGAGCACACCGUGGCCUUCACCGUGCCGGUCUGCGAGCCGCUGCCGCCGCAGUACUUUGUGCGGGUGGUCAGCGAUCGCUGGCUGGGCUGCGAGGCCACACUGCCCAUCUCCUUCAGGCACUUGAUCCUGCCCACCAAGUUCCCUCCCCCCACCGAGCUGCUGGACCUGCAGCCGCUGCCCGUGUCCGCACUGCGCAAUGCGGCCUUCGAGGCGCUGUACCAGGGCCUCUCGCACUUCAACCCCAUUCAGACGCAGGUGUUCACCGCGCUCUACAACAGCGACGACAACGCGCUCAUCGCCGCCCCCACCGGCAGCGGCAAGACCAUAUGCGCGGAGUUCGCCAUCCUGCGCAUGCUGGCGCGCGCGGCGGAGGGCAAGUGCACCGCACGGUGUGUCUACAUCGCGCCCCACGAGUCUCUGGCUCAGGACGUGGCUGCCGCCUGGGGCACCAAGUUCGGCGAGGGGCUGGGUGUGAGCGUGACGCAGCUGACUGGCGAGACGGCUGCGGACCUGAAGCUGCUGGAGCGGGGCAACAUCGUGGUGGCCACUCCGGCGCAGUGGGACGUCAUGAGCAGGAGGUGGAAGCAGCGGCGCAACGUGAAGGACGUGGCGCUGCUCAUCCUGGACGAGCUGCACCUGAUCGGGGGGCCCAAGGGGCCCACGCUGGAGGUGGUGGCGUCGCGCAUGAGAUACAUCUCAAGCCAGGCGGACAAGCCCAUCCGCAUCGUGGGCCUCUGCCACUCCGCCGCCAACGCCAAGGACCUGGGCGACUGGAUCGGCGCCACCGCACACGGCCUCUUCAACUUCCCGCCCGGCUCGCGACCCGUGCCGCUGGAGGUGCACGUGCAGGGCUUCGACAUCACCAACUUCGAGGCGCGCAUGCAGGCCAUGUCCCGCCCCACCUACUCCGCGCUCUGCGCUCACGCUGCCGGCCAGCAGCCGGCGCUGGUGUUCGUGCCCACCCGCAAGCACGCGCGGCUGGCGGCGCUGGACCUGCUCACGUACGCGGCGGCGGAUGGCGAGCCCCUCAAGUUCUGCGGCGCCAGCGAGGCCGACCUGGCUCCCUACCUGCCCCGCGUGCGCGACGCGGCGCUGCGUCACAGCCUGCAGUACGGGGUGGGCUUCUGCCACGAGACGCUGGCGCCGGGGGACCAGCAGGCGGUGCGGCUGCUGUUCGAGAGCGGGGCCAUCCAGGUGCUUGUGGUGACUGCUGCUCUGUGCUGGGGCCUGGGCUCGCUGUGCAGCCACUUGGUGGUGGUGGCGGGCACGCAGUACUACGACGGCAGCGGGCUGGGAGCCAGCGACUACCCCAUCACCGACCUGCUGCAGAUGAUCGGCCGGGCAAGCAGACCCAUGGUUGACUCCUGCGGCAAGGUUGUGCUGAUGUGCGCCUCGCACCGCAAGGAGUACUACAAGCGCUUCCUGCUGGAGCCGCUGCCGGUGGAGAGCCACCUGGACCACUACCUGCACGACCACUUCGUGGCGGAGAUCGUCACCAAGACCAUUGAGAACAAGCAGGACGCCGUGGACUACCUGACCUGGAGCUUCUACUACCGCCGCCUGGCGCAGAACCCCAACUACUACAACAUGGGCGGUGUGAGCCACCGCCACCUGAGCGACCACCUGAGCGAGCUGGUGGAGAACACGCUGGCGGACCUGGAGACAAGCAAGGUUAUUUCCAUUGAGGACGACAUGGACCUCUCCCCGCUCAACCUGGGUAUGAUCGCCGCCUACUACCACAUCUCCUACACCACCAUCGAGCUGUUCGCCGCCUCGCUGGCCGCCAAGACAAAGACCAAGGGGCUGCUGGAGAUCCUGGCAAAUGCGAGCGAAUUCUCCUCCCUGGAGGUGCGGCCGGGCGAGGAGAACGCCAUCACCAAGCUGCUCACCCACGCGCCCGUCGCCGUGUCUCAGCUGCGCCCCUCCGACCCGCACUGCAAGGCGCACGCGCUGCUGCAGGCGCACUUCAGCCGGCUGCCGCUGGGAGGCGACCUGGCGCUGGACCAGCGGGAGGUGGUGCGGGAGGCGGUGAAGCUGCUGCAGGCUAUCGUGGAUGUGAUUGCCAGCAACGGCUGGCUGUCCCCCGCUCUGGCGGCUAUGGAGAUGAGCCAGAUGGUCACGCAGGCCCUGUGGGACAAGGACAGUCCGCUGCUGCAGCUGCCGCACGUCACUCCCGACACCGCCGCCCGGCUGGAGGGCGCGGGCUGCUCCUCCGUGUUCGAGCUGCUGGAGAUGGAGGAGGGCGCGCGCAGGGAGGCGCUGGCGCCCGCGGGCCUGACGGAGGCGCAGAUGGGGGAGCUGGCGGCGGUGGCCAACAGAUACCCCGACAUCAAUGUGUCGUACGAGGUGGUUGGCGGCGAGGAGUCGGAGGUGCUGCCCGGGGAGGCGGUGAGCGUGGUGGUGUCUCUGGAGCGGGAGGUGGACGAGGAGGCGGAAGGGGAGGUGCCGGGGCCGGUGCCGGCGCCGCACUUCCCCGGCCGGCGGGACGAGGGCUGGUGGCUGGUGGUGGGCGAUUCGCGGGCCAACAGCCUGCUGGCGAUCAAGAGGGUCAACCUGGGCAAAGCGGCCCGCACCAAGCUGGAGUUCGCAGCGCCGCCCCCCGGCCCCGACGGCUCCGCGCACCUCACCCUCUACUUCAUGUGCGACAGCUGGCUGGGAUGCGACCAGGAGUACGAAAUCAACCUCAAGGUUGCGCCCAACGAGGACGCCAUGGAGCAGUAGAGGGCGCGGGGGGCCCUCGCAGCGGCAACACAUGCAGCUGGAGCGUUCCGGAGAGGAUGGGAUAAACGGAGGAGGGAGCGGGGCGAGGUGCUCGCCAGCUGGUGCUCAGCUCAGAGAAGCAGCGGGAUAAUGGAGACUGGGGCCACCUGGCUGUUUAGCGGUACAUCGUACAUAAGAGAUAUGGGAUAGCGUUUGAUGGACUCUUGAAUGACUAGACCUUCGGGAGAGCAGUAGCUGUAAGGUAGUGACGAGGGUGAAGGUGAUGCGGAUGGUGCUUAUGGAGUUAGGCUGGAGCGAGGAGUUUGGAGGAGAAUUGGUUAGGGCUCUUGUGAUGAGCAUAAUGCAGAUGCGGUUUUGGAGGAUGCGGCAUUGGCAUACAUAGAUAGUGGGGCUGUGGGUACCAUGGCACACGUUCAUGAAUACCAAAGGAAGACGUUUUCGGGUUUGACCCCUGUUGAACCAGACAAAACCUAACAUUAUCACAGAUGGAUACUCCUGUGGCACGAUACGUUCCAUGUAUGUGGAAACGGACCUCUGCUAGCUGCAAAACACAAAGGUUGCCCUGUCGGUGCAUCUGGGUUGUAAGCUUGUAACCAUGAUGCAAUGUACCGUCAUUGUUUAACAAAUAGGAGACA